AUGCUCGGCAAUAUCAAGCUGGUUGGCGGGCUUCUUUCCCGCGGCAUGCUUGCCAGCAAGGUGGGCAUUGCGAUUCUGGAAGAACUCCUCUCCAACCCGACACCGGAGGCUCUCGAGUCGGCUGCAGCGCUUCUCACGACCUUGGGCCCCACGGCCGACUGCAAGGAGUGGCCGCAAUACACCGCGCUGAACGCCAUCUUCGACCAGAUCUCUACCAUUGUGAAAACGCAGAAGUGCCAGCCUCGCGAACGAUUCCUCCUGAAGGACCUGUUGGAGCUUCGGGCGGCCGGAUGGGUCACGUUCCGACCGCGGAGGCUGGAAAGGGCCAUGACGCUGUCCCAGGUCGCUGACUCUGCGGCGGGGCGGCGGGUAGAGCCCCAGGCGAUCCGCAUGGUCAGUCCUGCGGCGCCGGUCUUCGACCAGGACAAGUUCCGUGAGGGCGCGAAGAAGGCCCUCGUUGAGCUGCGCUACAGCGGCUGCUUGACCGAGGCCUUGGCGAGAUUGGCGUCCUUGGGCGUUCCACCGGUUGCCGAACAAGCGGCUGAGCUGGCUGAGAUCACAAGCCAUGUGGUGCAGGAAGGAGCUGCCGCAGCACGCGAAUCAGGCAUGAAGGUGAUGCUGGAGCUGGCAGGAAGCAAAGGCUGGGGUGCGGACGCGCUCUGCUCCGGGAUCACGUUGUUUGUGAAG